AUGGCACAGCCAACCUCACCGCCAUCAUUUAUAACAGUCACUCCGCUUGCCUCCCUCAUAGUACGAACUGCAUACUACACCUUGCUCGAUGUACGACGAGAACCUCUACAUCCCGAGCCCACGGUGCUUGAUUUCCUCGUUGCUGUCCAUGGGUUGACAGGUUGGGUUAUGGCACAGCAAGCUCUCCGAGCACGUCGUCCACAGAACUCGAUUGAGGACAUUGAAAGAUAUUUGUGGGGACAGGAAGCGCAGCGGAACAAGAUGGUGCUUACGGAGAGAUGGUUGUUGGACAAGAGUAGUAAGCGCUGGUUGGAUGGUCAAAGAUGGAAGGAAGAGCAGCAGCAGCGGAAAAAGACUGGAGCAGAAGGACUACUGCACUAG